UAUUUCAAAAAGAGUGAGUUGACAGGCGAAGCAUAUCACUUGGAAUUGAAUCGUUUCGGUGAGUAAACGCAUAAUUAGUUUGGCCCGAUACACAACACCAUAGUGCUCAUAAAUUCAUCUUAUUUUUCAAUAUAAGAAAUCAAAAAACAGCAACAACACAAUGCCUGUAGACAUAAAAAACGUUCUGGUCUGCGAUGCUGUCGAUGAAUCGUGCAUUGAACUCUUGAAGCAAAAUGGAAUUAAAGUUGACUACAAAUUGAAAUUGUCGAAAGAGCAACUUUGCGCUGAAGUGAAGAAUUACGACGGUUUGGUUGUUCGAUCUGAUACAAAAAUUACAGCUGAAGUGCUCGAAGCUGGUGCGGGUCAUGUUAAAGUUGUCGGCCGUGCUGGAGCUGGAGUUGAUAACAUUGACAUCGCUGCCGCAACCAAACACAACGUUAUCGUUUUAAAUACGCCUGGUGGAAAUUCAAUUUCAGCAUGUGAGCUAACAUGCUUUUUAAUCGGUUCGUUGGCCCGUCCCUUUGUGCCAGCUGGCAAAAGCAUGAAAGAUGGAAAAUGGGAUCGUAAAUUGUAUUCCGGAUCGGAAUUGUACGGUAAAACAUUGGCCAUUCUUGGUUUGGGUCGCAUCGGUCGAGAAGUUGGCAUCCGCAUGAAUGCAUUUGGAAUGAAAGUCAUUGGAUUUGAUCCAAUCACAACGGCAGAAGAAGCAAAAGCUACGGGCAUUAAAAAAUUGGAAUUGGACGAAAUUUGGCCUUUGGCUGACUAUAUUACCGUACACACACCACUCAUUCCAGCCACUAGAAAUUUAAUCAGCACAGAAACACUUGGAAAAUGCAAAAAAGGUGUUAAAGUCAUCAAUGUUGCACGUGGUGGUAUCAUCAAUGAAGCUGAUUUAUUGGUUGCUUUGCAAUCGGGACAAUGUGGCGGCGCAGCAAUUGAUGUUUACGAGCAAGAGCCACCAACCGCUGAUGUAACAAAACAAUUGAUUCAACAUCCAGCGGUCGUUGCCACACCACAUUUGGGCGCCAGUACAGGUGAGGCUCAAGUACGUGUCGCAGUCGAAGUAGCUGAACAAUUUGUCGCACUCACCGGUAAAUCAAAGGAAUACACCAAAUAUGAUGGCGUUAUCAAUCGUGAUGUCUUGAAAAAAUACUAAACAACAUAUUCCGUUUGAAAUACUUGCCACCACGUUUAUGUGUUGACAUUCUUUCUAUUCUCACAACAAAAAAUUAUGAAUAAAGAUAAACAGUAUAUUUCUUUUUUUUCUUAAAUAAAAACGAA